ACUGGAAGCCGCCAACUGCAACUAUAAACCAUAAACACCACAUACGAUUACCAAAAAAAUCAUUCAACACCAAAAACCUCAUCCACAUUUCACAUUUCAUUUUCAAACAAACUCUCUUCAAAUUUCUCAAAAAGAACGAAAAGGAAAAAAAGAAGAAAAGAAUAGCUAGAUUAGGAAAAGAAACCCGGACCCAAAAAUCCACUUCACUCCAGCCACCAGCAGCCCCACAUACAAGACAAGCCCGAACGAACCCCGCAUGUUCUCCGACCACGACCUCGCAUGGAGGGGUCGAAGCUGCCUUAACGUCAUACAAAAAACCCCCCCUCACCUCACCUCACAACCAAAACCAUCACCACCACCAACUCUCCCUCAUCCCAUCCCACCAAACAUCCCCCCCCCAAAAAUGGCCUUCGAAACCCAAGCAACCAUCCCCUCCUUCGGAGGGAAACUGCUGAAACUCACCCACGAAGACAGCAGCGUCGGCUGCACCAUGGCCCUGAACCUGUACCUCCCACCACAGGCCUUCGUAAAGGACGCGAGCAAGAUCCCGGUGCUGAUUUAUCUGUCGGGAUUAACGUGUACGGGGGAUAACUGCGCGGAGAAGGGAUUCUUCCAAGCGGCCGCGAGUGGGAGGGGGAUUGCGGUUGUGUAUCCUGAUACGAGUCCUCGUUCGUUGACUCUUUUUUCUCUCUCUUUCUUUGCUUUGCUUGAUGUGGAUUUUGGUUUGUGGGGUUUAUUGGGCGUGAGGGUGGGGGAUGGGAAGGGAUGGGGAGUGAGAGAUGGAGAUGGAAGAGAGGGAUUCUUUACGAGUUUACAGAUUUACCAACUUACUAACCCAAAAACACAGGAGGCCUAACCAUCCCAGGCUCCGAAACAUCCUGGGACUUCGGCACAGGAGCCAGUUUCUACCUAAACGCCACAACCCCCCUCUACACCCCAAACUACCAGAUGUACAGCUACAUCACCACCUCCCUCCCCUCCGCCCUCUUCUCCUCCUUCCCGGUCCUCGAUCCAACCCGCGUCUCCAUAACAGGCCACUCCAUGGGCGGCCACGGGGCUCUCACACUAUUCCUCAAGAACCCGGGGAAGUACAAGUCCGUCUCAGCGUUCGCGCCGAUCUGCAACCCGAGCCAGUGUCCGUGGGGCGAGAAGGCGUUCACGGGGUAUCUGGGGGAGGAUAGGGAGAGUUGGAAGGGGAGUGAUGCGACGGAGUUGGUGAAGGGGUGGGAGGGAACGCUGGAUGUGUUAAUUGACGUUGGGACGGGGGAUGGGUUUUAUAAGCAGGGACAGUUGUUGCCGGAGAAUUUUGUGGAGGCGGCGAAGGGGAAGGGGGUUGAGGGGGUGGUGGUUAGGUAUCAAGAUGUAUGUGAUUUCUUUUUUUGGCUUUUUAAUGGGAGAUGGUUGGUGGAGGGACUUUGCUAAUCAGGGGCAGGGAUACGAUCACUCGUACUUUUUCAUCUCGACUUUUGCCAGGGAUCACGUUGAGCAUGCGGCCAAGUAUCUGUUUGCAUAGUAAGGUAUUCCUUCUUUUCUCAGUCCAAAUACCGUCAAAACUGACUCUUACAGAAGCGACAAACUUCCAAAAGAAAAACUUUGGCAGCUAAAACUAUAAGCUAUA